AAUCGAGAAACGGUGGAGACUGAUUGGCCAGGGAGACCGUUUAUCCGCAUGCGUACUUCGAGAAAUAGAAAUGAUGCUUUCGAUAACUGUCGGACACGUAGCGGUAAUGACGGGCGGAGUACAUUCAUACGAACAAAAGUUCCAAUAUUUAAUUAUUUCAAGGUUGAAAUAAUUUAGAAAAAAUAAGGCGUUACAUAGGCGAGCGAUAUAUAUGUAAAUGUCCGUUUAUUUGCAGAAAGAAAAGCAAGACUUCAUCUACUUAAGUCUGAAAGCGUCAAACAUAACAAAUACAUUAUCGUAUGUUCUACACAAGCAUUUGGCUGUGCUGUAAACGUUUGGUGCGUUUUCGUGCUUCUACCUCCUGCUGUUCUCAGCACUAGGACUUUACUGAUAGCACUUUAAGGCAGCACGAGAAGGAACAGGAAAUGAAAGCUCUGUUUUGGACAGACACUUUGCGCUUUGCUCCGAGCAGACGGUGCAACACGUAGCUUUUCAUCCAUCCCGCUGUCCUGAGCCUGGCCUCUAGUCUCCACCAUGGACAACCUAGAGGAGGACCUGACGUGCUCUGUGUGCUACUCUCUGUUCUCGGACCCGCGAGUCCUGCCGUGCUCACACACCUUCUGUAAGACCUGCUUGGACAACUUGCUACAGGUGUCUACCAAUUAUUCCAUCUGGCGUCCGCUCCGCCUGCCGCUAAAGUGCCCCAACUGUCGCAGCGUGGUGGAGCUGCCCCCAGCGGGCGUAGAUGCUCUGCCCACCAACGUAUCUCUGCGGGCCAUCAUCGAGAAAUACCAGAGCGACAGCGAGCCGCGACCCCCUUCCUGUCAGGAGCACCACAGGCAGCCUCUGAACAUGUACUGCAUCCAGGAUCGGCAGCUGAUCUGUGGGCUGUGUCUGACUGUCGGGCAGCACCAGGGCCAUCCCAUAGAUGACCUGCAGGCGGCAUUCAUCAGAGAAAAACAGACGCCAUCGCUACUGCUGGCCAAACUCUCUGAGUGUAGAUGGGCACAGUUGUGUGAGCUGGGGGAGCAGCUGGAGCAGGAGAAGGUCCGCUGUGAGGGUCUGGUGAGGCAGGACAGACAGGAGGUCAAUCAGUUCUUUCAGACGCUGGAGGUGGUGCUGACCAGGAAGAGACACGCCUACCUGGAGGCCUUGGAUAAAGCUGGUACGGAGGUGUCCCGGGCCUACGACCCACUCAUCCACAGAGUUAAGGAGCUACAGGAAGAACAGUUGGACCUGGUGUCCUUGGGAUCAUCAGUAGAAGAGGAGGACUCGCCGCUGGUCUUCCUGGAGCAGGUGCAUUUGUUCAGAGAGAGGGUGGAGGAGUUUAUUAAAACCCCUCUGCCCUCAGUGAUAAACCUCUCCGUCACCCCGCGGGCAGCAGAGCACCUCCAGCAGCACUGGCCAGCUGUGACCAUUGGGAGCCUGGAGGAAGCACCUGUCCCUAAGGUGUGCUGCUGUGCCAGAUGUGGCAGUGUGGAAGCUGGUGUGGAGGCUGAAACUGGGAGGGAUGAGUCUGACCGCAGGGUGCGGGACACGUGGUGUCAGCUGCAGCCUACUUCUUCUGUGGUGCUGCUGGGGUUGCUGCUGCUGCUGGCAGCGCUGUGGGUCAACCCGGUCGGAGGGGCGUCACUUGGCUUCUCUCUGCUCUCUCAGUUCAGUCAGUUAGUCCACGGUCUGAGCAGCGAACUGAUCACAUCUGUCUGGGACACGGCGGGGUCAGCAUACACAGUGAUGGAGGCCACUGCAGAAAGAUGGAGCACUCACCUCUCCUCCGUGGGUGAAAAGGCCUUCCAGCAGCUUGCUGCCUUAUUUAAAUCUCUAACAUCCUACUGAAAGAGACCAAACAGGAUAAAUUGAUACAACAAAAAGUAUCACUAUAAAAUUUAAUAUAACAAAUAUUAAAGUUAAUUCAACUAAAAACAGAUUGAGUAGGAAUAACUUCAUCUGAGGGUGGAUUUUUCCCUUUAGCCUCUCUUUAAAGAUUCCCAGGGGUCCUAUGCAGAUUAGGGGGAAGCAAGAGAUAUGAUUUGCUCAUUUCAAUACUUGAGAACUGCACAGAAAAUGUUAAAACACAGUUAUAAAGUUCUUUUAAAAAAACUGAGCAGUUUAUGUAUCCGUAAAUGUUUUUAUAUAUUGAAUUGUGUAAUUGUCAAGUGUUAUGUUCCUCUUUGGUGUGUAUUAUUCUAGGUUAUGGUCAUAAUGCCUAACUAAUAAGCUUUUUUCAAUAUCACUACAGUUUGCAAAGUGGAAAGGUGUUUGGUAUAGACAUAUUAAAUUGGUGCCUAGAGACUUACCUUUCCCAUCAUGCAGUGGGACAUUUCAGUAGCUUUCCCUGCACAGGACAUCAGUACAGCUACACAUGUACUGUAUUUCCUUACACAAGACUGAACGUCAGAGCCCGGUGAGUGGAACCAGACACAGUGGACCUGACUUCAAGAGUCCACAGAUCAUGUUGCAGUGAUGCACAGCUCUGAGCGGCUCCCUUGCUGUGCCUUUACCUUGCACCACUUAAUAGCCUUACUGUAGUGGACUGUAAUUCCACCAGGAUCAAUAGGUCGCGGUUAGGACAGUGCUCUUUUACGGUCUAUUUUAAAAUUAGUAGACGUUGGAAAAGUUUUACCAUUCCAUCCCACAAAUGUUACUUUAUUUUGCUCAAGCAGACCUCAUCCUUACUGAAACAGUGUCAUAUCAGUAUGUUGCAUUCCUAAGUAUAAUGUACACAGGUAGGAUAUUAUGUUACUGCAAGUGUCACAGACUGAACAUCAUCGCAUUUUGAUGUCAGCAAUUUCUAACAAAUGUACUGUUACCCAGACCUGUUGUAUUUUUUCCUAAACUUCCUCUAUUUUAAAAAAGUCAUAAUAAAUUUGUUGAAACGUC